AUGGUGUCAUCCGUUGCGCCCCGCGUCGUCCUGCUCGAUCGCCCCUCCCGUCGCGCGCCCGUCGCUGCGACCGUUGCGACGGUCGCGAUGACGGACGUGGCUGUCGUGACGGCGAGCUGGUUGCCCGUCGCUCGUCCCGUUCGUCGCCCCGUCGCUCGUGACCCCGUCGCCCCGCCGUCCGUCCGUCGCCCCAUCGCCCCACCGUCUGCCCGCCCCCCUGUCCCGCUCGUCGUGACGCUCGGCGAAUCCCCCGUUCCAGCCCCUAGAGCCGCGCGCCGUGCUGCACCAGCAGCACCUGCAGCGGCCGCCGUAGCCAAUGUCACCGCCCUUCAUUGCCCCAUCCGCGGCGGACGGUCUGGGGCAUCAGUGGCUGGACUUGCGCCCGCGGCUGCGGGGGUGCUGAAGCCUCCUUGCCCCCCCCGCCCCUUCCUUUUCCUCCUCCUCAUCGCUGCAUCUGCAACUGCUCUCCUCCCUCUCGUUUCCCCCCUUUCUCCCUCUCGUUUCCCCCCUUUCUCCCUCUCGUUUCCCCCCCUUCCGCCUCUCAUCUUCCCCCCUUCCGCCUCUCGUUUCCCCCCCUUCUCCAUCUCGUUUCCUCCCCUCCUCCCUCUCGUUUCCCCCCUCCACCCUCUCGUUUCCCCCCCUUCCGCCUCUCAUUUUCCCCCCCUUCCGCCUCUCGUUUCCCCCCCUUCUCCAUCUCGUUUUCCCCCCUCCUCCCUCUCAUUUUCCCCCCUUCCGCCUCUCGUUUCCCCCCCUUCUCCCUCUCAUUUCCCCCCCUCCUCCCUCUCGUUUCCCCCCCCUUCCCCCUCUCGUUUCCCCUCCUUCUCCUCUCAUUUCCCCCCUUCUCCCUCUCAUUUCCCCGUUUUCCCCCUCUCGUCUCCCCCCCUUCUCCCUCUCAUUCCCCCCCCCCCUCCCUCUCGUUUCCCCCUUUUCUCCCUCUCGUUUCCCCCCUUUCUCCCUCUCGUUUCCCCCCUCCUCCCUCUCAUUUUCCCCCCUUCCGCCUCUCGUUUCCCCCCCUUCUCCCUCUCAUUUCCCCCCCUCCUCCCUCUCGUUUCCCCCCCCCUUCCCCCUCUCGUUUCCCCUCCUUCUCCUCUCAUUUCCCCCCUUCUCCCUCUCAUUUCCCCGUUUUCCCCCUCUCGUCUCCCCCCCUCCUCCCUCUCGUUUCCCCCCUUUCUCCCUCUCGUUCCCCCCCCUUCUGCCUCUCAUUUCCCCCCUUUCCCCCUCUCGUUUCCCCCCCUUCUCCCUCUUGUAACUCCCCCUUCCCCCUCUCGUAUUCCCCCCUUCCCCCUCUCGUAUUCCCCCCUUCCCCCUCUCAUUUCUCCCCCUCCUCCCUCUCGUUUCCGACCCUUCCCCCUCUCGUUUCCCACCCUUCCCCCUCUCGUUUCCCCUCCUCUCAUUUCCCCAACUUCUCCCUCUCAUUUCCCCCCUUCCCCCUCUCAUUUCCCCGCUUUCCCCCCUCAUGUCGCCCUCCUUCCCCUCAUUCACCCUUUCCUUACCCUCAUCUCCCCAUCUCGUUUCUCGCAUUUCCCCUACUCCGUCCCCUCGUUUCCCCCUCUCCCCUCAUUUCAUCCUCUCGAGGGUUCGGCUUGCCCUUGUCUGUAA